GCGGGCUCAGCGGCUGUGCCGGCCUCGCUGGAGUUCGGGCGGGCCCUGGCGAGCUGAGAGCCGAGGCCUUUGCCAGGCCCGCCCGGGCGCUGCUGGCCCCACUGAGGGGCCGGAGCCGGGCGGGAGGCGGGGGCGGUCCGAGCCUUUCGGCCUUUCUGUGCCCCAGGGUGCGCAACGAGAAGCUGUACCUCGCCACGUUCGCUGCUGUCCUGGGACCGCUUAGCUUUGGCUUCGUGCUAGGCUAUAGCUCACCUGUUAUUCCAGUGCUGAGGGAAAUCAGCGAUCCUAAAUUAAGAUUGCACGGCGAUCAAGCCUCGUGGUUUGGGAUAUGUGAAGAAAUGCCCCUGUUACUUGAACUUAUUUUUUGGUGCUAAAAUGUCGUCUUCAUGUUUCUCAGUUGUACCUGUUAAGGGACCACAGAAAAUGAACUUUAUUAUGAAGCAGUGCAGUCUGUCAACAUGGGGAAUAUUUGGUUUUUUGGAUACAGGCUGAAUUUAAGGUUAGUCAAGAUAACAUUCUUCAGGGCUGUAGAAUAGUUUGAAAGUCCUGUUUGUGAAUGGACAGCUUUUUAGACAGAUUAAGAAACAAUUACUGCUGCACUACUUUUUUUUUCCUUUGUUGAAAGAGCUUUAUAUGUAAUAUGAAAAUUCUUGAUGUUCAGUUGUGGUGAGUAGUGCUUCCUGAGUAUGUUCUUGAUUGUGUUUGAUUUCAAAGCACCCGCAUGCUCUUGCACGUUCUUUUAGAAGCUGCUAUUCAAGAUUUUAAAAGAAAUUGCUGUUACUUAUUUUCAUAUUUGUAAAAAAAAAUUUUCUUGUUUUUUGAAGUCAGUAGUAACAUUAGGAGCUGCUGCCGGAGGAAUACUGGGAGGCUAUCUUAUUGAUAAAGUUGGGAGAAAGCUGAGUCUAAUGCUGUGCUCAAUACCAUAUGUUUUUGGAUACGUAGUUAUUAUAUCUGCUCAGAAUGUUUGGAUGCUUUAUUUUGGACGAAUGCUGACAGGCUUAGCCAGUGGAAUUACUUCACUUGUCGUUCCGGUGUAUAUAUCUGAAGUAUCUCAUCCUAAAGUCCGUGGUAUGCUUGUCUCUUGUGUUCAGUUGAUGGUGGUGACUGGCAUACUGGGAGUCUACGUUGCAGGUAUUGAGGUUAGGGCUCUAGGCUACAAAGAAGAAUUGUCCUCUUUCCUUCCUUUUCGUUACCCAGGAAUAACACUAAAUUGGCGCUGGCUGGCGGUGUUGUGUUCUUUUCCAUCCUGCAUAAUGCUAUUGUUAAUGUCCUUCAUGCCUGAAACACCGAGAUUUCUGCUGAAUCGGAACAAACGCUCAGAAGCCAUAGCUUCUUUGCGCUUUCUGCGGGGACCACAUGUGGACCAUGAAUGGGAAUGUAGGCAGAUUGAAGCUAGUGUUCAGGAAGAGGGACUGAAUUUCUCUGAAUUUAAGAAUCCCUCAAUCUACAGGCCGCUUCUUAUUGGUGUGGCUCUAAUGUUCUUCCAGCAAGUAACAGGCAUUAAUGCAGUUAUGUUUUAUGCAGAAACUAUCUUUGAAGAUGCAGACUUCAAGGACAGCAGAAUGGCUUCUGUUAUUGUGGGUUCCAUACAAGUAUGUUUCACUGCUGUGGCUGCACUUAUCAUAGAUAAAACUGGACGAAAAGUGCUGCUUUAUCUAUCUGGGAUAAUCAUGGCUCUCAGUACUGCAUUGUUUGGGCUUUACUUUAAAAUGGUCCUUCCAAAUCGAAACAACUCGUCAGAUCCUGAUGUAUGGCUCGCUCUAAAGUCAGCAUCUCCAGGAACAGAAAGCAGCAUAUCCUGGCUUGCAGUAGUGAGCCUAGGGCUCUUCGUUGCUGGUUUUGCCCUUGGAUGGGGUCCUGUUCCAUGGCUGGUGAUAUCUGAAAUCUUUCCACUUAGAGCUAGAGGCAUAUCCAGUGGUGCUUGUGUGUUAACAAACUGGGUUAUGGCCUUCUUGGUAACCAAAGAAUUUAAUGAUUUCAUAGGUUGCUUAACAUCCUAUGGCACCUUCUGGCUCUUCUCUGCCUUCUGCUGCCUCAAUGUAACUUUUACAGCCUUUUAUGUUCCCGAAACAAAAGGACAAACCCUGGAACAAAUUGAGGCCUACUUCAGAAGACCGUAAGCCUAAGGCUUUUUAUGUUGAUACAGAAUCUUCCUAUCAAUCAUGAAUUACAGUGCUGUAGUUGGAAGUAUCUGUAUCAUAUGACAGACAUCUCAGUUACUAAACUUCCUAUCAACUAAUUUUAAUUGUAAAAUCUGAAUUCUUUUUUUU